CUCUCGGUUCUGCACCAUCCGCACAGCUGGGAAGUGGCUUCCGGAGUGAGCAGCGCCUGACGAAGCUAUACAGGAACGCCGGUUCAUCCACUGUCUAGUAUCCAAGCUUGUGACUUCCGGUUGGAAAGAAAGCCCUCCCUAUAUUCUGUAGCUUGCCUUUUUGGCCCCGUCAUCUUUGGCAAGUCCCCGGAGCCUGAGGCGGACCGACAAGCAUCAGCUGUGGCUCGGCUCAUUCAAGAGUCUCUGAUACUGGCCAGACCUACGAAGCAAGACACCGAGAAAUAGGAUUAUAGUUGGGAGAAAGGAGGGCGGCAAACGUACACCGUCGGGCGCGAUGAAGUUAAAAAUCCAUCAAGAGCAGACCAACAGGCAUUUCGACAUCGUCACAUCAGUCAAUUGGACAGGCAACAACGAGCUAUUCUCAAUAGGGGACGAUCGGCAGGUGUUGCGAUGGUCGGGAGAUGGAGAUUUUGUCGGUCAGCAGAGUUUGGCCGUCUUCGAUGGGCAAACGUCGGGCCAGGAAGUGCACGCUAGUGAGAUACACUGGGUUCCGGCAGCGCCAGGGAAGGGCGGCCAAACGACUGCGGAGAGCUUUGCCCUGGCUGGAACAGAUGGCAAAUUCUACUUUUGCUCAAAGAAUGGACGCGUGGAAAAGGUCGUUGAAGCACAUACCGGCGCUAUAUUAUCACUGCGAUGGAACUAUGAGGGGUCCGCGCUGGUAACAGUCGGUGAAGAUGGCCAUGCAAAGAUCUGGUCCAGAGGCGGCAUGCUGCGAUCCGCCAUCAUACAAACGAGUUAUCCGAUAUACUCCGUAGCCUGGUCGCCCGACAAUGACCAGCUCCUGUUGACCAACGGACGAAAUCUGAUCAUCAAGUCACUUCAGGCUGGGAGUAAGCCUCAGCAGUGGAAAGCCCACGAAGGUGUCAUAUUGAAGGUUGACUGGAGCCUGGUAAACGGGCUUAUCCUAUCAGCGGGGGAAGACCGGAAGUACAAGGUGUGGGAUGCGUUUGGCCGGCAGCUAUACUCGAGCAGCGCCCACGACCAUCCCAUCACAUCGAUCGCGUGGAAUCCCAGCGGCGAGAUGUUUGCAGUUGGGUCGUAUAAUAUGAUACGUGUCUGCGACAAGUUGGGGUGGUCGUAUGCUAUGGAAAAGCCAGAAAGCGGAUCAAUAUUUGGCAUUGCAUGGACGCCAGAUGGCACGCAGAUGGCUUGUGCUGGGGGUUCGGGGGCGGUAGUAUUUGGGCAUGUCAUCAAUCGGCGGUUUGAAUGGAAGAACUACGAAGCUACAAUCCUAGAUGAUCACCGGCUGCUCGUGCAUGACGUUGUACAGGGGACCUCUGAGAACCUCGAAUUCCGGGAUCGGGUUGUAAAGGCAGUGUUAGGCUACGGCCAUUUGAUUGUGGCAACAUCGACGCAAUGCCACAUCUAUAGUGAGCGCAACUGGAACACGCCGGCCAUCAUCGAUUUGUCAAGUGGCGGUCGAGUGACUUGCCUUCAGCAAUGCCUUCAAUCCUUUGCAUUGAUUGAUACGGUCACUGGCAUACAGAUUUUCUCAUAUGAAGGGCGUCUGAUCAGUCAGCCAAAAUACCCUGGGUUGCGAGCUGAAUGCGUGACGCCGCAGACUCUUUCCAUAUCUACGGAUGUGUUGGCGAUUCGUGAUAAGGCCGAUGAGAAGACUGUGUUCCUAUUCGAAACCCACUCCGGUCGACCCUUGGGUCAAGGCAGCGUCAAACACCACGUCGAUAUUGCCGAAAUCGGCCUGAACCAAUCCUCAUCCGCCGGAACCCGUCAACUAGUCCUCGUCGACAGAAACCGCGACAUGUUCAUCACAACCGUCGUUCGCGCCGACUUCAAGAAGCUCGGGACAAUGAUCGAAAGUUUCGCCUGGAACUCCGAAGCAGACCUUCUUGUCGCCAUGAUGGACUACAAAUUCGUCGUGUGGUUCUACCCCAACGUCGUGUUUGUCGACGAGGAUAUCGCCCCGCUUACCAAGUUUGAGAAGGAUGGAAGCGCGUUCGGGAAGGAUGCGCAGAUUGUCAGCUUUCAUGGGACGCAGUGUACCCUGCGACGCGCGGACGGGACGUUGGUCACUGUGAGCAACAUCACGCCGUUACCCGCGGUGCUGCAGGAGCAUGUUCGCAAGAAGCAGUGGGAGGAGGCGCUGCGGUUGUGUCGAUAUGCAAACACGAAGGAGCUUUGGAGUUGUCUUGCCGCGAUGGCGGUGAAUGGACAGGAUUUGAACACCGCGGAAGUGGCCUAUGCUGCGAUUGACGAGGUUUCCAAAGUGCGGUAUAUUGUGUACAUACGCGACAUUCCGACCGCGGAAGGGAGGGCGGCUGAGCUGGCGUUGCUGAGGAGGCGGCCGACGGAAGCGGAGAAUAUAUUGCUCUCGGCGAACAUGACGUACCGAGCUAUCAAGAUGUGGAUUGCAUUAUUCGAUUGGGAGAGGGCAUUGGAACUAGCCGUCAAGUACAAAACCCACGUAGACACGGUGCUGUACUUUCGAGAAAAGUACCUGAAAGCAGUGAGGAGGCGGGAAACCAACCGCAAGUUUGUCAAAUAUUCACAAAAUGUACAAGUGAACGAAGAGAAGAUCAAGGCCAAGAUGUUGAUGGAAGAGGAAAGCGAGCGAAAUCGUACCUCUGCGCGGUAGCAAGCUCGGUCCAAAAAACCGAGUGCUUUGGACUUUUAGUGGUGGAGUGACGGACAACAAAUUGCAUACCGGUCAUGGCAAUGCAUAACUGAUGCAUAUACAUGAAUGAAAAGUCAAUUUUGGGAAAGGAGGCUUAC